CAGAAGAACUGAUCCUGAAGUCUGAGACUAAACCACUUUAAACUGAAAUGCUCCACUAUUUUAGAAACUUUUUUUCUUUUGCUGGGUAGAAAAUAGAGUUUUUCUCAGAUGUGAACCUUCAGGAUGGAUUUUUUUGGGAAAACAGGCUACUAACAGACUGGUCCAAGGAUCAGAUUAACUGGAAUCUCUGAAGCCUUCUGCUCACUAACAUGGCGUCACCUGCAUCAGAUGGACAGCCUUUAAAAAGAAGCAGAAGCUAUGAAUUUCUUCCACCAAACUUGUCUGAGCUCAGGGUGGUUCUGCUGGGAAGCAGAUGGUCCCAGAGGAGAUCAGUAGGAAACUUCAUAAUGGCAAAGGAUGUUUUUAACACUGAACCUCAGUCCUGUGUCAGAGUCGGUGGAGAAGUGGAGAAAACCAGAAUUGUUGUCAUCAACACUCCUGAUCUUCAGUUUUCAACUACAGCCGAACAAACACAGUUUAUUAAAGACUGUGCGAGCGUCUCUGCUCCUGGACCUCAUGUGUUCCUGUUGGUUCUGGAGCCUGAAAACAUCACAGAAGAAGAGAAAAACACGAUGCACAGAGUACUUCAAGCUUUUAACGAUCGAUCCUUUGAUCAUUCCUUUAUACUGAUGUUAAGUUCUGAACUGAGACAGCACAACAAUGUUUUUGACGAUUAUACGAAAAAGGUUCCAACUCAGGAACUGAUCAUAAAAUACAGAUACAGAUACUUAAAGAUGGAGGACAUUGAUCUCCCAGAGCUGCUGACUCGUUUUGGUCAAAUUGUGAAAGAGAACAAUGGAGAACAUGUGAGCUACGAAGAGUUUGAAGAAGCAGCCACCAGCCUACCAGAUCCUCAUCAGAGCCUUAAAGAAAAGGCUCCAACACGUUCUCUAGUAGCUGUUGUUAAAGAUGCUGGUAUCAGAGGUCAAAUAUCCAGAACACAUCUGUCCUAUGAAGCAUCUGAUUUCAGGAUUGUGUUGUUGGGGAAAAGUGAAGAUAAAAAGUCAAAACUUGGUAACUUGAUAAUUGAAGAGCAGGAAUUUCAUCACCAGAAGCACAGUGUGGCCUCCUGUGGAGAGUGGAGAGGAAAACCAGUGAUAGUAGUAAAAACUCCUGACAUGUUCAGUCUUACUCAAGAAGAAAUCCUUGGAGAAAUGAAUAACUGUGUGAGGCUCUGUUACCCUGGACCACAUGUUCUGCUGCUGUUAGUGAAACCUUCAAAAUUUACUGAAGAGAACAGAAAAACAAUGAACUUCAUCCUGACUUUGUUUGGUCCAGAUGCCUUCAAACAUUCAGUGGUCAUCUUAACACAUAAUGAGAAAAGAUCAUCUGUCAAUGAGCUCCUCAGUCUAGUUCAAGGCAGAUGCUACAACAUGAAUAAAAAUGAUCGCAGUCUGUUGAUGAAGGAGAUUGAGACCAUGAUGGUGGAAAACAAAGGAACAUAUCUGAGCUUCAGAGGAGAGACCAGCAGACCCCAACAGGAACAGAUCAAACCUCCACUAAACCUGGUUCUGUGUGGAAGAAGAGGAGCAGGGAAGACCUCAGCAGCCAAGGCCAUCUUAGGACAGACUGAGCUAAGAUCCAACUCAUCAGUUAGUGUUAAAAACCAGGGAGAGGUCAGCGGACGUUGGGUUUCUGUGGUGGAGCUGCCUGCCUUGUAUGGAAGAUCUCAGCAGGAAGUGAUGAAGGAAUCAUUCAGGUGUGUCUCCCCCUGUGAUCCUAAGGGGGUCCACGCCUUCAUCCUAGUCCUACCUGUGGGUCCCCUCACUGAUGAAGACAAAGGAGAGUUACAGACCAUCCAGGACACGUUCAGCUCUGUGGUCAAUGACUUCAUCAUGGUUCUGUUCACUGUGGAGUCAGAUCCUAAAGCUCCACCUGUUGUUAAAUUUAUAAGCGGAGACGGAGACAUCCAGAGGCUUAUUCAGAGCUGUGGAGGAAGAUAUGUUGUUGUCAACAUCAAGGACCAGCAGCUGAAUCCCGAACUUCUAACGGAGGUGGAAAAAACAAUCAUUCACAAGAAUUCUCCAGGUUUUUACACUUCAGAGACAUUUACAAGGGCCCAAAUGGAGAAGACCAUAAAACAAGAUGAACACAUCACCAGACUAGAGGCUGAAAUGAAGAAACUCAAAAAGACACAGUCUGAUCUUUGUACUGAACCAGAUCAGAGCUCCAUGCAUCUGAGGAUUGUUCUAAUUGGAAAGACCGGUUGUGGAAAGAGUUCUUCUGGAAACACAAUUCUGGGACGUAAAGCCUUCAAAGCCGAGUCCAACCCCAAUUCAGUCACAAAAUGUUGUCAGAAAGAAGAGUGUGAGGUGGACGGUCGUCCUGUUGCUGUCGUCGACACUCCUGGUUUAUUUGAUGACAGUUUGAGCCAUGAAGAAGUUAAUGAUGAGACUUUGAAAUGUAUGAGUCUCCUGGCUCCAGGUCCACAUGUCUUCCUGCUGGUGUUACGGAUCGGAAGAUUCACUCCAGAAGAGAAAGAGACUUUGAGAUUAAUAAAGGAAGGCUUUGGGAAAGGUUCAGAAAAGUUCACCAUCAUUCUUUUUACAAAUGGGGAUACAUUGGAACAUGAUGGGCAGACAAUCGAGGAUUACAUAAAAAAAGAUCAAAAUCUGUUAGAGAAGCUCAUUUCUGACUGUGGAGGAAGAUACCAUGUGUUUAACAAUCACGACAGACAGAACCGAACACAGGUCAGUGACCUGAUUAGAAAGAUCGACAGGAUGGUGAAGGAAAAUAACGGCUGCUUCUACACCAAUGAGAUGCUGCAGGAGGCUGAAGCUGCCAUCCAGAAAAAAACAGAGAAGAUUCUCAAGGAGAAAGAAGAAGAGAUGAAAAGAGAGAGGGAGGAACUCAAGAGAAAGUAUGAGGAAGAUAUGCAAGAAAUGAAAAGAAAAAUGGAAGAAGAAAAAGAAAAACUAAAACAGGAAGCAGACUGGAAACUGAAGGAAAUGAAAGAGAAUAUUGAUAAAGAGCAUAAACAGAGAGAGAAGGAGCAGGAAAAGAGAGAAAAGGAAAAGAGGAAAAGAGAAACAGAUGACAAAACUCAUCGACAGAAUUUGAUACAGCAGCUUGAAGAUCUGGACAAACAAAUUCAGUCAGAGAAAGAGGAAAAGAAGAUUGUCAACAGAGAGCUGGAAAGGAUCAGAGAAGAGAAGGAGAAAGAUAAAGAGGCUUGGGAAAAAGAACGCAAAGAAUGGUGGGAGAAACAAAAAGAGGAGGAAGAGAAGAGAAAAGAGGAAGAGCAAAGAAAACUGAGAGAACUUGAGGAGCAGUACAAGGAGGAACGUGAAAGAUAUGAAGAGGAAAGAAAGAAAGAAGAACAAAUCAGAAGAGAACAAGAAGAAAAAGAACGAAAGAUUUUAGAGGAAAAGCUGGAACGACUUCAAAAGGAAUACGAAGACAGAGCGAGAGAGGAAGCUGUGAAGUCAAACGAAUUCCAGGAGAAAUAUAAAAAGGAGUUUGAAGCACAAAAGGAGGCGCUUAAGGAGCAAAUAAAGGACAAGGAGGAGAAGUAUGACCUGUUGAAGGCACUGGCAGCACACAAGGAAUCAGAAAAGAGGAAACAACAUAAGCAUGAAAUUAGUAAUUUAGUGAACUGUAUCUCCAAGAAGAGAGGAAAUAUAACAGCAGUUAAAGAUUUACUGAUCAAACAUGAGAAAGAAUUAAAGCAGACCAAAACAGAGAAAGAAAAAGAAGAAAUGCAGAAAAAUCAUGAAACUGAAAUAAGUGAACUGGUGGAGAAACUUCUUGAGGAAGCUAAGACAAAAUCCUCGUGUUCCAUCUUAUGAGGAUAUUUGUUUGUUGUGCCUCUGCAAGCUGAAAAUUAGUUUUCUACAUGUCUGAUAACACCUACAUAUCUGUGUUAUGAACAUUAGACAAAUGUUCUUCUCAUGAAUGUCUGAUCAGUGUUGGGGACAAGAACUUUACGUAUUUGUUAUUUUGCGCUCUUGAAAUGUUCUAUAAAUGAAACCCGUGAAGCAGGUCUUACAGUCCACCAGCAACAACAGGAAAAAAGAAACUGCAAUUAUCAAUAUGAAGGUCCAUUAACGAGUAUGUUCCUCCCACUACUGUGGGUGUGGUGUUUGAUGUACCGCUGCUGCUUGGUGCUGACCCUCAGUCCUGUUUUUUUCCCCUGCUUCUGCUGAACCUGGCACACGGAGGAACCUCUGGCAGAGGUUUCACUUCCAGAACCAGAGCUUUGUCCAUUCUUAGAGAAAGUGUGACGCUGCUGUGCAUCACCUGAAGCUGUCUCAGGCAGAAUAACAUUGUACAAUAAUCUUAUUGUACAAUGUUCUCCAUUGAAGUGCCAAAACCUGAUUUUGUUAUAAUAAAAAACUUAGAAAUAGCGUCAGGAGGUUUGCUUCUAGUUCUUGGCUGUUAAUUCUAGGAUGCUAUAUAGAUGGCUAUAGUUGGAAUUAUAUUCUUGCCUCUGGUAUGCUAUUAAUGUCUGGUUUUUCCUCCUUGAUUUAACAGAUUGUCCUCCUGGGACGUAGCAUAAGUUGUUUCUAAGACUCUUAUGUUCUGUUUUAGUUCCACUUUAGCUGCUUUUUCCCUUUUUAUAUGAUUAUUGUGAAUCCUAUAUGUGGAAAUUUAAAAGGUAACUGCUGCCAGUUUCAUUAAAGAAAAUCUUAAUGUUGAGACCCCAGAAAUUUGAAGAGUAUGCUGUGGAGAGGAUGAGUAGCGUCAGAGGUCAUCGGUCUCUCAGCUGUUCAAGAGAGAGGAAGGAUCUCUAACCAAUAAACUGGAUUCUGACAAACAGACAGUGUCUGUGUAUUAU